AUGGCGACCGACUCCCAGGACUACCAGGCCUACGUUGAAGAAUACCACUCAGACCAGAGCGACGCCGUCAACUUCAAGGGCCGCAAGUCGCCUUCCUCGCCCGCUGUGGCUAAUGUAUCGACAAAGCGCUCGCAUCCCUCGGACCUGGACAAGGAGAAGCCGCCCGCGCAGCAGCAGCAGCAGCAGCAGCAGCAGCAUCAACAGCACCACCAGCAAGACAAGGUGCACGCCAACGUCGACCAACGCUCCGACUCUGGGUAUUCAAGCAUCACACACGCGACCGUAGGCUCCGCUGAUUCGGCUCCAAGUGCCACGUCCCAACAACCACGCAGCCCGCCCGUCGCACCUGCUGCCCCCUCGACGACAAACACGACGACGGCCACUACUGCCGCUGCCUCUGCCACGGCCGCCCCUUCCCACAGCACCUUCUCCGCACCUGCUCCGCCUGCACCCGCACCCGCACCCACACCACCCGCGCCCAAGACCAGGCGGCCCACCAUCUCCCAGCGCAUCGACAGCAGCCGUCCCGAGUCGCUCUCUCGCAGAGACUCGCACGCCUCGAGGCCUCCUCCCCAGCGUCGUCCCACCAUCACCACCUCGCAGGAGAAGAGGGACCGCAGGAACAGCAGGGUAGCCGACGCGGUGUGCACUGAUCCGAACUGCACUGGCUGCGGCCCGACUGCCCCCUCGCAGCUGCAGCGUCGCCGCCCAGACCUGCAACAACCCUCGCAGUCUGCGCGCGACGUUUCCAGACUCAACUCCACUUCUGACCAGCGCUCGAUGCGCUCGGACCCGUCCACGUACUACUCGUCACCGCCCUCGCCCACCUUCACUCGCCCACCGGCACAGUACAGCCAGGGCGCCGCUGUCAUCCAGCCAGCCAUGACACGCCCUCGCGCAUCCUCCCGUGCUGCCUGA